AUGUCUGAAAUAUUUGAUAUACCUGAAUCAAACUUUUCCGAAGUUAUUGUUAUUGGUGGUGGUCCCUGUGGACUUGCUGUUAGUGCAAGAUUAUGCGAAGAAACCCCUGGUGCCAUUUUCUCAGACGGUGAACACCAAAGAUUCCACUGGUUACGUCAAAGAGGUAACUCUACAAAUAUCAUUGGUAAGAAGAAGAGAGCUUUGAUUUCAUCAGAUCAGAAAUUCAAAAGUGAUGAUAUCUUGGUUUUGGAUAAAGUUAGUGAUAAAUUCAUGGGACAAUGGGAUAACCAACUUGACACCACUGGUAUAUCUGUGUUGAGAUCUCCAAUGUUUUUCCAUCCUGAUCCUUUAGAUAUUGAUGGCCUAACUGCUUUUGCCUAUUCAAAUGGCCGGGAAAAGGAAUUAAAGGAAAUCAAUGGUGUUGUUGGACAAGAAAUCUCAAAGCAUAAACAGAAAAAGCUAAGAAAUAAAAGAAAAUUGUCACAUGGCUCUCAAACUGAUUCAUCAUCUUUAAAAGCCACUGGUAGAAAUGUUGGUCUUGUUGAAAUUGAUAGAAGAAAUUGGCAAGAUUAUUAUAGACCUGGUACAAAAUUAUUCAAAGAUUUUUGCCAAAGUAUUAUCGAAAGGUAUGAUUUGGAGAACGUUGUUCGUAAGGCUGAAGUUAUUGACAUCAAAUAUGGUGGUAUUAAUAAAAUCAUGUUGAAUGGAGAAGUGGAAACAGGAAUGGGAUUCCAAAUAGAAACAGCGGAAGGUGAUAUUUUUGGUGCCAAAGUGGCAAUAAUGGCUGCUGGUCCUGCUGGUGAUAUUAAUUAUCCUUUGUUAGCUGACGUGGAUAAUCAUUUUCCCCUAGGUAGUUGUCACUCGAGUCAUUUAUUCUCAAGACAAGUAGAAGUUCCAAAUGCAAAAGUUUUAUCAAAAAUUCAAAAGGGUAAACCAACAGAGGUUGUCGUUAUUGGGGGUGGGUUGACUUCUGCGCAGUUCACUGAGAAAUUGAUUAAUGAAGGAGUUGAUAAAGUUCAUUUCAUAACUAGAGGGGAGAUAAAGAUCAAACAUUUUGAUUUCCAUCUAGAGUGGGUGUCGAAAUAUCAAAAUUAUAUGAAAUCAACUUUUUGGAUGAAAGAUUCUGACAAAGAGAGAUAUCAAAUGAUUGAGGACGCAAGAGAAGGUGGGUCUGUGAACCCUCAAUACCACAAGAUCUUGAUGAAUUUGAUAGCCAAGGGGAAAGUUGUGCUACACAAACAUUGUGAAAUAAUCAACAAGGAUUGGGAUGAGUCCUUAAAAUUAUGGAACAAUGUUCAGAUUCUGGACAAGGUAAAUAAUGAAACUAAAACUAUUGGGAAUAUUGACUAUAUUGUUUAUGCCACUGGAAAUAAACCAAAUAUAGAAGGGCUUCCAAUGAUGAAGAAUAUUUGCAAAGAUUACCCAAUUGACGUUAUACAAGGUGUCCCAUGCUUAACAGAUGACUUGCAAUGGAAUAAAGAGAUACCUCUGUUCUUUUUAGGUAGGUUUGCAAUGCUAAAGACGGGUCCUUCUUCAGCAAAUCUAGAUGGUGGUAGGAUUGGUGCUGAGAGAUUAGGCUACAAAAUCACACAUUUGAAAGAGACUGGGGAACUUGAUUACCAAAAGUCAAUUACGAUUGAUGCUAAGAUACCAACUCAAGCUUUUGACAAAAUUGAUGAAAACGCUAGUUCUAUUCAGGAAAAGGCUAGUGGAUUUGAAAAUUUAUUGUCGUGCACUGGCGGGAGGUUUAAUUGGUACACCUUUUUGGAUGAUGUAACUGCUUGA